AUGUUCCUCAGCAAGCGGCGCCUCAGCAGUCAAGGCCUUGGCCAACUUUACUCGCAGGGUCUCAUACGUUCCCGUAACGGAUACAAAGACAGCAGUGAGACCAAUGAGCACAAGGUGAAUGAGUUAUCGGAAAGGAACAAAAAGCUUGAGCAGGAGGUCGAUGAACUGAGACGUGUAUGUAUCAUUCAAAUGGCGGACCACCAAUUCCUCGCUGAACGUUCCGGCAACGUGCCAGAUCUGGAAGUCUACAAACCGAUCCUUAAAGAGAUUGCUCACACGACUUCACAAGAGAAACGAAUCACCUUGCUUGGGCAUAGAGCCGUCGAAUCGGAUUGGCAAACACUAGGCUUCAAGCAAAAGCCACUCAAGCUUCAGCACGUGCUUGCCUCAGGAUCACUGGCGACCGCUAGAGACGGUCGCCGUGAGGCGACAACUCGAUGGAUGCCUACAGACUAA